UAGAGGGUGUCAGUGUGGUGGAAGUGGCCUGUGUGGUGAGGCUGCCAGACACUACUGUGUGACCGACCUGGUCUACCUAUACACCGUCGUCGCAUCGUCUACUGCCGCUCAUCUUCUCACGGCAACACAGGAUAUUAACCACUCUCUUCCAAGAUGAAUUUUGGAUCAAGUAUGUUCUGCUACCAUUGUCCUCCCAGCUUACACCCAGGAUCCUCGCCCAGGCUGCCAACGCUUGAGUUCCCGUACUCUCCCGCCCACCCAUACACGAGCUACAGUUACCACCCUGACCUACACGAUGAAACCUUCGUCAGGAGGAAGCAGAGGCGGAACCGUACUACCUUCACCCUUCAGCAGCUUGAGGAGCUAGAGAACGCCUUUCACACAUUUCACACUCACCCAGACGUCUUCACCAGGGAGGAGCUGGCUAUGAAGAUCAACCUGACGGAGGCCCGGGUGCAGGUGUGGUUCCAGAAUCGGCGAGCCAAGUGGAGGAAGAGUGAGAGGCUGAAGGAAGACCAGAGGAAGAGGGAGGUGGUGGACGGCGACGCUAACACUCAGACUCAGGGUGAGGGAUCAGAGGACGCAGAGGCCACCAUCUCUAGCAACCUGGAGGUAGCGUCACCCGCCUCCCCUCACUCACCCCACUCCUCACGCCCACACACACCCACGCCCAACCACGACGACUACCCCGCCCACUCUCCCCUCGGCCACGCCCCUUCCCCUGAGCCAACCACGCCCCCUCUGGAGACCGAACAACCGGCCUCGCCCCUCGGCUACGACCACUACGAGGAGAGGUCAGAGAGUCGUGCCCUCUUGGUGGGUGACCGAGAGGGGCGUGGCCUCCUGGGUGACCGAGAGGGGCGGAGCCUCCUGGGUGACCGAGAGGGGCGUGGUCUCCUGGGUGAAAGAGAGGGGCGGAGCCUUCUGGGUGACCGAGAGGGGCGGAGCCUCCUGGGUGACCGAGAGGGACGUGGCCUCCUGGGUGACCGAGAAGGGCGUGGUCUCCUGGGCGAGAGAGGGGCCAGGGAAGAGGACCAUGGGCGUGAAGGGCCGCCCACGCCGCCCAUCAAGCCAUCCUCACCUAAACAAGAGGAUCGGUUCCGGCCCCUGAUCGAGCGUUCCCCUGGACUGUUCUUCCCACCUCAUCUCCCAGGUCCUCUCGCCUCGCACCUCUUCCCUCACCUCAAAGGGUUCCCGGGUCUGUGUUCGUGCUGUCCCAUCAAGCCGCCUUCCUUCAGCCCGCUCUCCUCACUCGGAUCCACUUCACUGGCUAAUCCACUCUCGUCGCUGACCAAUCAGACGCCUUCCCUCGCCUCCCUAGCCAGUCAAACCCCAUCGUCGCUGGCCUCCCUAGCCAAUCAGACGUCGCUGGCUUCGUUGAGCAGCGACCCGCGGAGUUCAAGUGUGGCAGAACUUCGCCGGAAGGCACAGGAGCACUCGGCGGCUGUGUUGCAGAGUCUCCAUGCUGCCUCCCUGCACAACCUGCAACAGUCACUGCAGCAGCACCAGUCCUCAGCACUCAAUAUCGAAAACCUCCUCAAGAACGACUCCCCAGUGCCGGCGGACAGGGAGAACUCGCAGUAGUAGUUAGUGUGGGAGUUCUUCCUUCCUUCCUUCCUUCCUCACCUCCUUCCUUCCUUCCUCCCCCGUGAUAGAGGUUAUGAUGCUCUCUUGGUUCCUUGUGACUAAAUUACAGACAUUUUCAUGUAUUUGAGAGAGAAAUUACCUUAAAGUACAGCACAAUAACCAGACUACAGCGGCAAGUAUAUAAUUAUGUAGAUAAUAAAAGAAAAUUAUUUAUUACAUAUUAACCAUGGACUAAAAUUAAUCCACAAUGUAUUUAAAGACGACAAUAGAAAAAAAAGCACAACAACAAUUUUAAUACAUGAGAAAUACAAAACUGUACUAAAAGGUAAUAUCUAGUAAUAUCGUUCCCACAAAUCAGAUUAAACGCUUUCAAAUUAUUAACCAAAUUAAUUAUUGUCACACCAAUCCGGUAAUAAGGACCCAGGGGAGUGUACGUGAUUUAGUAUGUCUGUCCUGCAGUGUGUCAUCUUAUUUAAUUUUUACCUUUUUGGAUUUCAUGCGAUAUAUAUAUAAAAAAAGAGGUUUACCAUUAUAAUAAAAAAAUAAGAGAUACAUGUUCAUAAAAGUCUUCUAGUCAUAAUACCACUAAUUCUGGAACGCACUCGAGAGACGCUUUAAGGUUAUGUUAACGCACUCACUCUAUGAUGCUGUGUGGUGGUUAAUUCGCUUUGUUUACAGUCGCACGAGUACUAGAGAAUUCCUUCCCGCCAAAAUUAUCAGCUGGUAAUUUUGGCGGGAAACACAAAGAAUACGUGUUUACAUUCACAGGAUUAUCAGUGUAAUUCGUUCCCGCCAAAAUUAUCAGCAGAUAUUUUUGGCGGGUAAAAUGGAACAAAUACUUCUUUGUUUACAUUCAGCGGAGUACCAGUAUAAUUCGUUCCCGCCAAAAUCAUCAGUUGAUCUUUUUUGGCGGGAAAAGGAGAAAAACACGUCUGCUUUGUUUACAUUCACACAUGUGCCAAUGAUGAUUUUUUCCCGCCAAGUAAAGUGAAACGAGGUUAAGUGAAGUGGGGUAAAGUGAAGCGAGUUAGAGUAAAGUGAGGUAGAGAGUAUAGUGAAGCGAGUUGGGGUAAAGUGAAGCGAAUUACAGUAAAAUGAAACGAGUUGGAGUAGAGUGAAGCGAGUUGGAUUUGAGUGAAGCGAGUUAGAAUACAGUGAAGCGAGUUGGAGUAAAGUAAAGCGAGCCAUUAUCCACCAGACCUCAAUUAUUCUUAACACGUCUCUCGGUUACGCUCCGACACCAUCUCAUGACAUACAUACAUACAUGGCAAUAAUAUACUUAGUGCAGUAAGUUAGACACUGGAGCUAUAUUUCUUUAGUACUGUAUAUUGACACAGUUGCUAAAUGCUUCCCACACAUAUUGUAUAAAAACUAUGGAAUGUGUUUUAAUUAAUAAUAUCUACAAAAAAAAAUUGUUGUUUUUAAGAAGAAAAAUAAUUAUAUAUAACUUCCAUUGUAUAUUAGAUAUUUUAAUUACGUCACAGAAUUUAAUUACGUCACAGAAUUAUGAUAUGCACACAUAAAUUGGGUUUCGGGAAGAGCCGAAUCCAGUGAUGACUGACCCUGUAUAUAAACCCCUAAGUUUGUGUUAUUUUCCAAUGUGCCAAAGAACAGACUCCCAGUCCUCCCAUGUCAUUCGACUGUCACUGGCUUGUCACCUGUCAAUUAAGUGUGUCACCUGACUCCAGUUUAGUGUACCCCCCAUUACCCCCACACCCAAACAUUACACCCCCCCCACACCCAUGACUCAGUGCUCUUAAGCAAAGCCACACUGUUAUUUACGCCACAGUUCCUGCUGGUCCCGCCCACCCAUGUGACGUGUUGGACCGUGAUUGGAUGUUGUUUACCAGCGGUUAUAAAUGUAUUUUGGUUACAAUAUACUUCAAUUAUAGGAAUAAAAAUAAUUAUAAUUUGCCCGCAUAUUAAAAAAUAAUAAUAAUUUACACAAACAUACAGACGUUUAGACAAAAAAUACCAUUACCAAUCACAGUACAAACAAUUAGCCAAUCACAGUGCAGCACGUCCUACCAAUAUGACGUCACAGCAUCUCCUGCACCAAUUAGGAACAGGAAGCUUCGACUGGGGCUCAGGAACCUAGACUUUACAAGCAAGGGUCAGACCUCUAAAUAUCGCCAGCGUUUCAAUGGCCGACUUUAUGUUCUCGACGGGGCCAACUGAUAGUAAUAUAAGAGUGAGAUUUAGAGAGAGAGAGAGAGAAAAAAGCGGGACUGUUGUUUGAGGGUCUGUACCUCAGUCCCUUGACGUUGGACACUGGCGAUAUUUUAAGACCAAUCCCUUACCCGAUGCGUAUUUUAAAAGUCAGCGGCCGGAUUCACAAACACCCACAAGAUAACUAAUUCUCGUAAAUACAAAUAUAACAACGUAUUUAACUGAGACUAUCUUAACUAGAUCACUUAACACCAUAUUCAGUUAAGGUCGAGUCUCUGUGUAAAUUUGGUGACAUUUCAUUUAGGUCAUAUUAAGUUAUAUUUAUGAACUGUUAUGAAUCCUGACCUACUGUGUGUGUGUGUGUGUGUGUUGAACCAGAGGACAGUUUUAAUCACCUGGGGAUAAAUUGCCCCCGCCUAGUUUAUUUAACCUGAAGAUUAACCAUCCUAACGUUAACCCAACCUAACCUAACCUAAACUAA